AUGUCUCCGAGCCCAGUGGCAUCUCCAGCUGCAGCUCAGGAUGAAGCCGAACCCCCUGACGAGCUCGACGCCGUGCUGGCUGUCCGCUCGAUCGCUGCCUUCCUGCAGCAGAUGCGCAGGGAGCAGAUGACAGGUAUUAUGGUGCCGAUGAUCCAGCUGCUGCUGUGGCCGGUCGUUCCUGCAUACUUUGCAGAGAGAAAC